GGUCGCGAUGUCACUCUUCUCGACCUUUUCGCAAAUGACCUAUUUGUAACCUGUUAGUUUCUAUCGUCGUAAAGAAGCAGAGGGAAUAAGCGGUCACUGCACGAUUGCGCGCGCCCGCCGUUCUCUCAUUGCCGAGUUGGAGCCCCAACUUGAGUCCAAAUCAAAGCGAAGGGUAAAUCACGUACGGGAAUGCGGUCAGAGUACUUCUGUCGAAUGCGCUCGGCCUCAGCCUUGCGCUUCUCGAAGGGAUGCUCGUCCUUGAACUUGCUGCGCAUAUUGACGGUGGGGGUUGGUAAGUUGUAGAGGCGGUAAGAGUGGUAUCGAUGGUGGAAGCAACCAGUAGAGAUGGUUGACUUGUGGCAGCGGAAAAUUCGGGAAAGUAUGAAAAGUGAAAAAAGACAAUGGAGUUGGUGAUAGAUAAGGUAAAAUGAGAAGAAGGUUUAGGUUACGAUUUGCUUGCGUCAGGCAGAAGAAGGAUGAGGAAGGGCAGAGAGUCACAGUCACAGGCAGAAGGUGGCAGCGGCACCGACACACCUCAGACACUGGGACACAGAUGAGCGGUCGAGGCGGAAGGCAGCAAGCAACCUUACCAGCCAGGUACCUUACCUAGGCGCAGACAGGUUCAAAGCUGCAGGGAGGACACAGGUACAGGGCAGGCGGCACGCUCACUGAGAAGGGGGCUAGGGGGGGCAGGCGGGCAUCAAGUGGCAGAUGACAAGCAGUGAUGGGAGAGAGUCGCGGGGCUAUUGAGCUAAACUAUAAAUGGUCUAGGUCAAUGAUGCUCGGUGAAUCACAAGAGGCCCCACGAGGCGACAAUGGCGGGGAAGCAGCAAGUCACGUCGCACUGUCUCGUCACAGGGUCAAGCUUGUGAGGGAACCUUAGCAAACAAUCAAUCACUUGGAAUAAGAUCCCCUUUCAUGCUGUGUCAUUGAUUCAUGGCAAAGAUGUCGAGGAUAUAUCACCGGGAUCCGAGUUACGGGCAACGUCGUUAGAGUGGUUUUAAGGGUACAACGAUUCACUAUCCGGGAGAGGGUUAGUCUAGCUGAUGCGUACUAAGCAGCCUGAGCUGCAAAUGUGCCCAUGUACAUCAGCUCCUUCAGGGUUCUUGAUGUUGUGAAUUACAAUUGGGUGUUGGCUAAAGUACGCUUACGAAUGAAUCAUGGCUUGGCCGCCUUGAUUAUCUUUGAGGGAGAGUCAAGAGAAACUCAAAGUACUACUAUAUACAUCCUGAGUGAGCAGUAUUCACCUCGAAGUUUCCUGCGAACUGCACCGUCUUCUGAAAAGUUUGCAUGGCGAAACAAACAGGGCAGUUCCCCAAUGGUAGCAUUCGUGAAGCAAAGUUUCUCUGCUGGCCACUCAUCACAAAUCGUUGGACUUUUAAUGAAACCGACCAUCUUACCACAGUACCAUCUUCUACCUUGCAUAUGGGCAACCAAAUGGUGAGGCAUCAUCUUGGUUGCAUGUGUCACUGAGUUGGUGUAUGUCUGCACAGUCAUAGCUCUUUAGCCGUGAUUCAGCUUGUGUAUCAAAGAGUCUAGUCAGGAACAAUAGAAGUUCUAUGUUCCUCAGUGACAGCUUACAGUACCUAUCAGUUAUCGACGCCCCGCCACUUCACAUGGACACCAAUUACCAAUCCUCGGGGGUGAUAAAACCUCCAACAUUGUAGUAGGGUGCCAGAAUCAGCUGGUCUAAAGAUUCACUAGAG